AUGAAGCUCAACUGGGGCAUAUGUGCCUUAUUCGUGGCCGCAAGUGUGGCCACCAGUUCGAAGACACCCAGUCAGGCUCAGACAACCACACUUUUCACCACUGCCAGCCCUCGUGCAGAAACUCCAAAGGUUUCCAGUGCCUCUCCUAACUCGACGACUUCACAUCUGUCAACGACCACUCCAGGAGCUGCCAGCAGCGCUUCUAACUCGACGGUUUCUCAUCAUUCAUCGACCACUCCAAAUGUUUCCAGCAGCCAUCAGUCAACGACCACCCCAGGAGCUGCCAUCAGCGCUUCUAACUCGACGGUUUCUCACUCUUCAACCACUCCAAGUGUUUCCAGCAUCCAUCAGUCAACGACCGCCCCAGGAGUUGCCAGCAGCGCUUCUAUCUCGACGGUUUCUCAUUCAUCGACCACUCCAAGUGUUUCAAGCAGCCAUCAGUCAACGACCACCCCAGGAGCUGCCAGCAGCGCCUCUAACUCGACGGUUUCGCAUCAUUCAUCGACGACCCCUGUGGCUUCAAGCACAAAGGUCCCGGCAAACUCAACUAUCGCCUCCUCCAGCGCCGCCGUGCCCCCGGUCCCCAGUGCAUCAUCCCCGGUGAACCGCCUCGUCACUCCCUCUGGACGAUUCACCUCCACCGGCAUGGCGAGAAUCAACAUCAUCCUGCGCGUGAACGUCAACGUCACUGUCACCAUGAACGUCAACGUCAGAGAAGCCCUCACCAUCGCCGCCAAGGGUGGAACCUCCUCAUCCCUCUCCUCGAAGACCGUGGAUGACCUCACUGCCUUUGUGAACUCUCCUCGUUCCCCCAUGGAUAGUCAGCUGAAAGCGGCAACCAUCUACUGGUUGAACGCCAACGUUUCCCAGCGGACAGACGUCAACGUCAAUGUGAACGUGAACACCCAGGCCAACGCAGCUGCUACCAGCGAAGUCCGCAACGUUCUCGAAACCCCCAAGGGAUCUAACAUCCCUCCUAGUGUUCGCGAGACAUUGGACAAGUUCCAGAAGGGAGAGAGCCCCGCCUCCUUGCCCAAGGGAGCCGCUACGGAAUUGAUCAUCUUCCUCUCUGGUUCUACCAAUGUUCAGGUCAACGUCAGCGUCGAGACCAAGCAGACCCUGACUGCUUGGUUAACUGGAGCCAACCCGGAAAAGAGCAAGCCUGUCCCCGGUACCGGUGAUAACGGUGGCUCAGGCUCAAGCCCCAGCACCGACAACAAGAACAACGCCGAUGUGGACACCAAGACCAACGGCGAUGCUAGCGUGGACACCAAGAACAACGCCGGUGACGACAACGACGAUGAUGAAACCGACUCGAAGACCCCAGCUGGUUCCUCCGGCUCCGGCUCCACCAAGCCAUCAAUCGUCACCAAGGUCGUCACCGUAUCACCAUCGGCACCCGCCACUGCGAUAUCAACCGUUACAGUAUCUCCAUCGGCACCCGCCACUGCGACAACAACCGUUACGGUAUCUCCAUCGGCACCCGCCACUGCGACAACAACCGUUACAGCUGCGACAGCCACUGUUACAACAACUGUUACAGCGGCUGCCGAGGCUCCUGGAAUGUGUCUUGCCCCUUGCCCACCUUCUUGA